GCAAUGCUCCGCCAAUGGGGUAUGGAGCCGUGGCCCCUCACAGCGGACAAGUUGCGUGCUCUUGGGGCGACGCUGAAGGCAGGCAAGUAUCGAUCGGCAUCCAUGUACUUAUCGGCGUACCGGGUGGAAGCUGAGCGUCGAGGUUGCCACCUUGCGGGCACUAUGGUGCAGGUGCUCAAGGACGCCACGCGGUCGUGUAAUCGAGGCCUUGGGCCGCCUGUCCAAGCGUUGCCGUUCACUUUCGCGGACUUCCGGAAUUUACCGGGCAGCGAUGAUCCCUGGGUCAGAAACGGGCCGGUCGGCCCACGGAACUGCCUUGUAGGGGGCGUGUGGUGGCUUACCCGGGAGGUGGAGCUCAGCACGGCCCGCGCUUGCUUGGUGCGCUUUGUGGGUGACGGGGCAGAAUUGGUCACAUCAUGGUGUCUGCCGGCAUCCAAGAACGACCCGUCUGCACUCGGCGCAACCCGGUCCCACGGGUGCUGUUGCGACGAGCCUCUGGGCGCGGAUCUGUGUCCUGCCCGCACCUUGCAGGCACAAGUGGUCCUGUUGAGGCGGGUGUUCCCGCUGCGGUUCUCGCCGGAUGGGUCUCCAGACGACGAACUUCCGUUGUUUCCCACGAGCGAGGGCCGCGUUUGCACCAAGGACGCCAUGGUCGCGCACAUCGCCGCGGCCGCGGACCUCCUCCAUCUGCGUGAGGCUGGGACAGACGGUGUGCAUCGGUGGACUGGCCAUUCACUGCGCGUCACAGGCGCGCGAUUCCUGGCCGGCGCGGGGCUUGACACGUGGGCGAUACAGCUCCUCGGAAGAUGGGGGUCCGACGCCGUCCUGGGGUACAUCGGGGACGCCCCGCUGGCUGUCGCGGGCUCCGCCGUGGACGAUGUCGUCCGCUUGGCGGCCAGUCAGAGCGUUCUGCCAGAGAGUGCCGUGCACCAGGCCAACGAUAUGUACGACAACCUGAAGGAGAGCUUGGCCCGUUGCGCAGACAACCCCACGCAGCGUCCGAACGCGCCAUCGACGUGUCCGGAGUAUCACCUUGCGGUAAAUCCGCAGUCUGGCAUCGUGCACAGGAUCGCGGCUGGGUACACC